CCUUAAAAACAAUCAAUAAAAAAAGGAGGAGAUUUGAAUUAAAAUAAAUAAAUAGAAACAAAUUGGUGAUAUUACACUUGUAAAGUGCUCAGCAUCUGACUAGCUGCCGUGCGUUGCUGGGUGAUCCCGUCAGUGACACGCGGGUUAUAAAUACUGCCCGCAAGUCCCGCCUACUGCCAGCGGCUGUUUGUUUUUUUUUGACUGGGGUUAAAUCGGUUCCAGUCUCCUGUUUCAUCGAGUGAAUGAAGAAACCCCUCCCACAACCAGGAUGUUGUUUUUGGCCAUGUCAGGCCAAACUGGUGCCCGACGAGUUGUGACUGCGGCUCGAGGGAGAUUUACGAAGGAUGGCAGGUGCCUGUUUACAUGUUGGCCAGAACUUGUUUACCGGAAUAGUAACCAGUACUCGUCCAACCAUCACAGAUGUUUAAGUACCACAGCUGCUCACUGGAACGCUUCAUCAUCACCGACAGCCAAUCAGAAAACCCCGUGCUACAGUUAUAUUGUUGUUGGGGCAGGGUCAGCGGGCUGCGUCCUCGCCAACCGUCUCAGUGAGGACGCCCAUGAGUCUGUGCUGCAGCUGGAGGCUGGGCCUAAGGACAUGCUGCUAGGCAUAAAAAGACUCUCAUGGAAGAUCCACAUGCCAGCUGCACUGACCUACAACCUCUGCGAUGACAAGUAUAACUGGUACUACCACACUGAACAUCAGGCUAACAUGGACAACCGGGUGUUGUACUGGCCGAGGGGCCGCGUCUGGGGCGGGUCCUCUUCACUUAACGCCAUGGUGUACAUCCGCGGACACGCUGAAGACUACAACCGCUGGCAGAGGGAGGGGGCCGAGGGCUGGGACUACGAACACUGUCUGCCUUACUUUAGGAAAGCUCAGUGUCAUGAGCUGGGAGAAAACAGGUACCGGGGAGGCAGUGGACCUCUUCACGUGUCCAGAGGGAAGACCGACCACCCCCUGCACAAAGCCUUUAUUGAGGCGGGGCAGCAGGCAGGAUACCCCUUCACUGACGACAUGAACGGAGAGCAACAGGAGGGCCUGGGCUGGAUGGACAUGACCGUUCAUAAAGGAAAGAGAUGGAGCACAGCCAGCGCCUACCUGAGGCCCGCCCUGGGUCGGCCCAACCUGACGACAGAGGUUCGCUGCCUGACCACCAAGAUACUGUUUGAUGGCAAUCGAGCCGUUGGCGUGGAGUACACACAGGAUGGACAAAAGAAAAGGGCAUAUGCAGAAAAAGAGGUGAUAUUAAGUGGAGGAGCCAUCAACUCCCCUCAGCUACUCAUGCUGUCUGGGGUGGGGAAUGCUGAUGACCUGAAACAACACGGCAUCCCUGUGGUCCAGCACUUGCCAGGUGUUGGCAGUAACCUGCAGGAUCAUUUGGAGCUGUACGUCCAGCAGCAGUGCACUCAGCCCAUCUCCCUCUACAAGGCACAGAAACCUUUCCACAUGGUCAAGAUAGGCCUGGAGUGGCUCACCAUGUUCACUGGUUAUGGAGCAACAUCCCACUUGGAGAGCGGGGGGUUCAUCCGCAGUCGUCCAAAAGUCACACACCCAGACAUCCAGUUUCACUUCCUGCCAUCGCAGGUCAUCGACCACGGGCGAGUUGCCUCCAAGAUCGAGGCAUAUCAGGUUCAUGUGGGAACAAUGAGGAGCACCAGUAUCGGCUGGAUGAAGCUGAAGAGCGCCAACCCUUUGGAUCACCCCAUUCUCCAGCCAAACUAUCUCUCCACCGACAUUGAUGUGUUGGAGUUCAGGCAGUGUGUCAAGCUCUCCAGAGAGAUUUUUGCCCAGAAGGCCUUCGAAUCAUUCCGCGGUCCCGAAGUCCAGCCUGGUCCCGAGGUCCAAUCCGACUCCGAAAUCGACGCUUUUGUGCGGCGCAAAGCUGACAGCGCCUACCACCCGUCCUGCACCUGUAAGAUGGGCUCGCCCUCCGACCCCAUGGCCGUGGUCGACUCCAACACGCGUGUCAUGGGGCUGGAGAGACUGCGCGUGAUCGAUGCCUCCAUCAUGCCCAGCAUCGUCAGCGGCAACCUGAACGCUCCGACCAUCAUGUUGGCGGAGAAGGCUGCUGACAUCAUCAGAGGUCGUCCUCCUCUCGCGGACCCCGGGGUUCCUGUGUACCGACCGCCGACACUCGACACACAAAGAUGAACAGAGUGAAGGGUAACAGCAAAAUACACCAUCAGGUGACAACAGCAGUAAACAGCUUGUUGUGUGUUAGAUCAGGAUCAUCGGCCUUGUAGAUGAAUAAUGGGAGUGUGUUGCACUUGAUGUGCACACACAAGGUCAGUUUGAUGUGUAGUCACAGGUGAACAAUAAUUAUGAGGGCUGAUCUAUGCUAUCUUAAUUCAAAGCCAUAAGGGUGUAAAACAAAUUGUCAAUUUUAGCAGUUUACAUAGUUCAUGUUCUUACUUUUAAAAUGACAUAUGUAUUUAAUUACAUUUGAGCUAAUAUGAGUCACAGUUUUCCCUCAUGUUUAUAAGGGCAGCUGCGUGCUGGCACUUCAUGGUUGAAACACAUGGUUGCUGGGAAAGAUGCCUGGCAUUACCUUGUUAACACUAUAUUAACUUUGAAUUGGUUUCGGUAUGUGAGAAGUUCACAUAUCUUACGCUUACACAACACCCCAUGGUAUUGUAAGCUUAAUAAUAACCUAACCCUCCUUAUCAUAAAAAAACACUUCAAUCAUCACACUCUAUUUUCCAACACUAGGGCUUAGCCUGUAAAAAGUGUUGACAGAACAAAGUUAUUUCUUUUCGUCAGUCUCGUAUAUUAUAUCUUUUUGGCCACAUCAAGAGUGUCGUUUGAGUCAUGAUUACUCUUGUCUGGCUGUUAAUCAGCAGACUGUCAGCCCAGCACAUUUUCUGUUUAAUCUAUUCUGUGAGUUCAGCCGUCACCAUGGUAACAUUCCUCUUCCUUCCUGGAAACUAGCUGAUUCAACAGUUCUACGAAAUGCUGUUUUUGUUGCACCUAUUUGAACUGUUAGUAAAGCUGAAAACUAGGGCAGCUUCAUCCAGGAUUUAUUUAAGUGAUUAGCCAAUGUUAAGGUUUUUUAACUAUAUUUUGAUGCCAGUACUUUUACUUAAGCAUUUUUACAAUUUUGUAUUGCUACCUUUACUUUAUAAAAAGACAGUAUAAAAGACAAAUAGAGUACUUUUUCUACCCCUGUCCCAGAGUUGCUGGCACAGCAGCGACCCACUUGAAUAUGAAGUCUUAAGCAAACAGCUUUGUGUUGCCUUCCGUUCAGGGCAGUCUGUUUAAUUUUACUAACCUGCAAAUUAUAGCUUAGCAUAUGUUGCUAAUGAUUGUGUCUUAAAAUGCUUUUUAUGGCAACUACUGUAUACACUAAAAACUUGUUGAAACUGAAAAAAAGCGUAUACAAUAAUCUUUAUACAUUUUAUCUCAAUGUAGCGUGUUUACAAAUAAGCUUUUGAAGAUCAAUAAGUAUUAUUGAUAAUACUAUAUGUGCCUGUUUGUUGAAUUACUUUUGAUGUAUAGUGUGUUACUGAUAUACAUUUUAGAAUCGGCUUCACUGAAAAUCGUCCUUAAAUUCAUGCAUGAAGUGCUGAUUUUAAUUAAAUAUGCGUUUUUAGUUUUUAGCUGUGAUGGAAACAGCCGAGUGCUACAAUGAAUUACAAUGUGUCUUAUUGAGCUUUGCACUAUACUCUAUACUAUGAAGUAACAUUACAGUGUUUACACUAUGAGCUGUGUUUACUAAAUGUUGGAAUCAUGUGUGUCCUAAUGAAGGAUUUUUAAGGGAACAUUAUUGUGAACGUUCUUUAUAUUUGUAUUCUUCUUAUAAUGAUUGUAAACAAACACAAGAGCCACCCUAACUUUAUCCUCUUGACUUUAUUCAGUGAUCCUUACAAAAAAUCUCAGCAGGUUCAUCGUCAAGAAUUAAAAUGUACAAAACAGGGUGUUUGAUUUUCAUUGGUACAAAAUCUAUAAGGUACUAGAACUUAUGCUACAAGUAGAUAGAGCUAUAUUGUUUAAUUUCCAUACAACAAAUGGGUAGAAAGCAGAAAUGUGUAUCACUUUGUUUUUUACAAACACUGUACAGAUUGUAUACAUGUUGUCAUUCCAUGGACAUUUGUAUGGCAGUGGAACAGUAGAAAAUAAUAAAGCCUUCAGUUGGACAACGA